GCUCUCUUCACAAAUAGGACACAGGAUCUCUAACACACACAGUCCCAAACCUGACUUUCACGCAUUCGGAUCCCCAGUUGGAAAUUGGGACUAUCUUUAAACCCACGUUAAAAACAUCCUCCAGACUUCAGUUUUGCCUUAUAUCGUCCGGACUAUACUUUUUUUCUGACGUUGGAGAAAGUGGACUGGUUCUCCUGACUGUUCCUGCGCCGUCCAUCAAAUUCCACCGGCUUAAUAUUUUUUUGUAACACAUUGAUUGCAUUUUGUUGUGAAUCUGUUGGUGUAGAUCCACUCGGAUGUUUUAAGGAUCCGGAAAGCUGUAUAUGGAAGUUGUGGGGUGCAAGGCGAAAGAAAGCAGUUGCACAUUGCGUCCAGCAGCCAUGCUUUUCCACGGCAUCUCUGGGGAUCAUAUUCAAGGGAUCAUGGAGGAGAUGGAGAGGAGAUCUAAAUCGGAGUCUCGACUAGCAAAAACCGUCCAGAUGAACGGACGGGAGACGACUAUGCCCUCCAUGAGCCCAGAGAAGCCUGCGCUGUGCGCCGGCUGCGGUGGUAAAAUCUCCGACAGAUACUACUUACUUGCCGUUGAUAAACAGUGGCAUUUAAGGUGUCUCAAGUGUUGUGAAUGUAAACUGGCCCUUGAAUCCGAACUGACGUGUUUCGCAAAGGAUGGCAGCAUUUACUGCAAAGAGGAUUACUACAGAAGGUUCUCCGUGCAGAGAUGUGCCCGCUGCCACCUCGGCAUAUCCGCUUCGGAAAUGGUGAUGCGCGCCAGGGACUCCGUGUACCAUCUGAGCUGCUUCACCUGCACCACAUGCAACAAAACACUGACCACGGGUGACCAUUUCGGCAUGAAAGACAACUUGGUUUACUGCCGGGUUCACUUUGAGACCCUUAUUCAGGGAGAGUAUCACCCUCAAUUAAACUACGCUGAAUUAGCGGCCAAAGGCGGAGGGCUUGCGCUGCCUUACUUCAAUGGCACUGGCACGGUGCAGAAAGGAAGGCCGCGGAAGAGGAAGAGUCCGGCGAUGGGGAUUGACAUCGGCUCUUACAGCUCAGGUUGUAACGAGAACGAUGCGGACCAUUUGGAUCGGGAUCAGCAACCCUACCCUCCUUCCCAGAAGACCAAGCGCAUGCGUACAUCAUUCAAACACCAUCAGCUUCGCACCAUGAAGUCCUACUUUGCCAUUAACCACAACCCCGAUGCCAAGGACUUAAAACAGCUCGCCCAAAAGACAGGACUGACCAAGAGAGUUCUUCAGGUUUGGUUCCAAAACGCACGGGCCAAAUUCAGAAGGAACGUUUUGCGGCAGGAGAAUGGGGGUGUUGAUAAGGCUGACGGCACGUCACUUCCACCGCCCUCGUCCGACAGCGGUGCUCUGACCCCACCAAGCACAGCCACCACACUAACUGACCUGACCAAUCCCUCUAUCACCGUAGUAACUUCAGUCACCUCUAGUUUGGACAGCCACGAAUCUGGGAGCCCCCCACAAACUACCUUGACAAACCUUUUCUAACACGGAGUUGCUUUUUUUUUUUGUCUUUAUCCCCUUUUAUUUUCAGAUUCUAUUUUUAUUUUCCACAAAAAAAACGAAAAACAGCAACAACAAAAAAACCUUUUGGCGACCACCAGAAAGACUUUGGAAAUGUAAGACGAGACCUACUAAAUGUGUAGCAUUUGCAACCGCGUGGCAGCUGAGUUUGUAGUACUUGUCAAUGAUUUGUUUUUUGUUUUGUGAUCUGGACAUUAAUUGUAUGCGUUUAAUUUAUUUAAUUUGAGUUUCUGUUAGAAAUACCAGUUAAACAAAGACAAAUGGGACCCACUUUUUAUGAAGUGUCAUUAAUUACUAUGUAAUAACAUUGUAAUGAAUCAUUUGAUACAAUGUACUUAUCAUGUAGAGACAUGUAUUUAGAUUUUGCUUUAAUCUGUAAUCAAUUUCUGUAAAUUCAUCUGUAAUUACACUACCUUUAUCCAAUAUCAGUAGCUGCAAAACUGUUUUGCGAUACAGCAUGAACAUUAUAAAUACAUUGUACCUAAUAUAUAGAUGCGAAUGCAUAGUAUUUGAAGACACUUUAUAUAAAGUGGGACUGAAUUUGAUAGCAUACAGUAUAUGGUAUUGCAUUAUUUGCUUUAAAAGCUAUGUUCAAGUUUAACCCGGGACAUUUUUUGUAUUGGGAAUGUUUCCCUUGAGCUCAAAUGCCAAGUGGAUGUUGUAACCUCAAUUUUGGUCAAUAUUAUCACUGACGCUGGACUGUAAUGUCGAUAAUUGUUUGAAACGUUACCACCUAAUUUGCCACAGUGUGGUGCGAAUAGGAUCACACACUCCUAAAAAAAAGGUUCAGGUUCAUAGAAGAAGAAUAUUUGGUUCCCUUUUAGAAAACGGCCCUUAUAAGUGAACAAAUUUUAUUAGUUCAAAGAACAUUUUAAAAAUCUAGGUAACUCUAAAAUACAAUAGAAGAACCAUUUUUGGUUCCCCAAAAGAAUCUUUUAGCAAAGAACUAGUUUGACUAAAGUUUUUUAAAAAUGGAUGUUUAAACAUUCUGCCAAUAAGGAACCUUUAAUUUUAAGAGUAUAAAGUGGCCUGGAUUGCUUUUUUGGGCUUCAACUAGUUGAACAACUGUUCUGAAUUGAGAUAUCCAACGCUCAGUGACAAUAUGGUGCCCAGUAGGAAGCAUUCUGAGUGAUUUGUGAAUGCUAAGCAGGAAGUUAAUUAGAAACGACACACAUCACCCCAUUUUAUUCUGGUCUCCCCCCCACCCCUGUUUUUGUUAAUGUUUUGCCACCGGACAAACCAAAAAAAAAAGAAAAAAGAAAACAAAAAAGAAAAAGCAAAUCCCAUUUACAGCUCAAGUGCGAGAUGUUUGGGUGGCUCCUCGCUUUCCUUGUGUGAAGACAAAUUUGUUCUGUUGUAGAACAAAGUGGUACACUAGAUCUACUUCAUGAAGUAGAUGCUUAACUCAGUUCUACUAUGUGCCUUAUGCGACUUGGAAGAGAGUUUGUGAAAUUCAGGAGAUACAUGUUUGUUUGUUAAAUGAUUUCCAUCCUCGGAACGCCUCACUAGUUUUGUACUGUUCUGUUUUUCAUCUGAUUUUUCUUUUCUGAAGAUCUUUUUUAAUGGUGUAUUCUGUUACAAGGGGGCGGCGAUGUCAUAGAAGGCAGUUGUGCACUCUUUCAGAACUAGUUGGAGAAUCAUAUAUAUAUUGAUCUUCGUGUUAAUAGUACAGUACGUGUUCUAUCAAGAUUGUCCAUGUUUCCUUGUUUCUUGAAAAAAAGAUGGUGUAUAGAAACUAUUUCCCCUUAAAUAUUUAUGGACCAAACAGUUGUUAUAUCUUAUUAAAUUUGUGUGAAUAAAACUACUUUGCUUUA